UUGACAAUAAAAGACCAAUGGAAGCGAUACACGCUUCGGCGCAUUUAUUAUAUUUUUAUUCGCCUAAUACAUGGUCAUUCACUACCUCUGGGGUCCUUCUGUUCGUUAUGAAGCAGCCUACACCCUACUUAGGAUCGCUAUCCGAUCAUCUUAAACGGUGUAGCUACUAAAUACAGAACUGAAAAUGGGUUCAUUCGAUGAACACAAUCUCUCGGACUUUUAUGCGGACCUUCAAUUGACACAACAGGCAACUUCUCGGGAUAUCAAGUGCGCCUUUCGCAGAUUAGCUAGAAAGCAUCACCCCGAUAAAAAAGCACCAGGACAAUGUAUUGAUGCGCACGAGUUCCGUAAGGUUCGCGAAGCGUAUGAAUGCCUCAUCGAUGAGGAUAGGCGUGCAGCCUAUGACAGACUCUACUUCGACUUGCGAGACGAAUGGAAUACACAAAGGGAACAAGAAGAACGCCAACGUAGAGAUGACGAAAGGAAACAAGCUGAGGAGGAACAGCGCGCCGCUAGGGAAAAAGCCGAAGAAAAAAGGAGGGCAGCAGAAGCCGAGAGAGUUCGUAGAAUGGAAGAAGAAAGACGAGCUGCUGAAGCCAAGGCCGAGCGCGAGAGAAUAAGAGAGGAGAAAGCGAGACGAGCCGAAGAACGAACGCGAGAAGCUGCACGAAGAGCUAGGGAACAACAGGAACUAGCGGCAAAGGAGAGGCUUCGCAAAGAAAAAGAGAGAGAAGCGGAAAGAAGAUCCGAGGAAGCAGCUAGAAGAAUCAGGAUUGAACAAGAACUAGCAGCACAAGAACGACUAAAAGCUAUUCUGAUUGAGGAGAAGCAACAAUCAGCUCGUAGUAGCUGGGCCAAAAUGCGGCAAGAAGCUGACGAUAGACAAGCGGCGAAACGUCGACCUGCCCGGCCGAUGCGAUCUGCUCCAUCACCUAACUGCGAUCAUCCGCGGUUUGGCUGGCUAAAGAAGAAUGGUCGGUCGAAGUGCACAUUCUGCAACCAGACUCGAACGAAAUGGUCCUUUUCCUGUCCGGAAUGCAGUGUGUCGGCAUGCCCUGGUUGCAAGUCCAACUAUUGUCUAUUCUGAUGAUCAAACGACCUGAACAAUUUGUACUGAGUAGGGAGAUUGUGAAGAAGAUUGCUGUAUGGUGGGUCUAUCUUACGGUAGUAAUCAAGGUGACUGGUGUAAGAAUGAGUGGUGUGCGCCGCAAGCGCAUUUACUGGGAAUAUGUUUGGAAUUGUACGGAUGUGAGUAUCCCGAGAU